UAUUUAGUUGUCUGUGCCAGGUCUUCGUUACAGCACAUGGGGUCUUCAUUGUGGCAUGCAGGCUCUUAGUUAUGGUAUGCGGGAUCUAGUUCCCUGACCAGGGAUUGAACCUGGGCCUCCUGCAUUGGGAGCGUGCAGUCUUAACCACUGGACCACCAGGGAAGUCCCUAAAGUUAAGAAUUUAAAGAUGGUGGCAAUGGAGCAUAAACCACGUGCUAUUCUGAGCACAUGGUCCUGUGUAACUUCACUAGUUGCACAUCCAUGAAGCCAGCCGUGUCCCAGAACCUUAUGAGUCUGGAAUGUCAUAAGUGUUCAAUAAAAAAAACUAAGGCUGAACUGGUAACCAUUGUAUGCUAGGUACUUGGAAGACAAAUAUGAGAAAUACAGUCCUAUCUUCAAAGAGAUCACAGUCUAAGGGACAGAAACAAAGCAAACAGAUGACCACAGAAAGAAGAUGUCUUGUGCUGAAUAUUCUUUUCAUGUGCCAAGUCUAGAGGAGCUUGUUGGAGUUCUGCAGAAGGGGCUAAUGGAUAACUUUGCUGAUGUCCAGGUCUCUGUAGUUGAUUGCCCUAAUUUGACCAAGGAGCCAUUUACCUUUCCCGUAAAAGGUAUCUGUGGGAAAACUAGAAUUGCAGAAGUAGGAGGUGUGCCUUACUUAUUGCCUCUUAUAAAUAAAAAAAAAGUUUAUGAUCUAAAUAAAAUCACAAAAGAAAUCCAGCUUCCUGGAGCUUUUGUUCUUGGAGCAGGAGCAGGCCCAUUUCAGACUCUUGGAUUCAAUUCUGAGUUUAUGCCAGUUGUUCAAACAGAAAGUGAACACAAACCUCCUGUGAAUGGAAGUUACUUUGCUCAUGUUAACUCUGCAGAUGGAGGGUGCCUACUUGAGAAAUACAGUGAGAAAUAUCAUGAUUUUGGGUUUGCAUUACUGGCUAAUCUUUUUGCCAGUGAAGGCCAACCUGGAAAGGUCAUUGAGGUGAAAGCCAAAAGAAGAACUGGAAAACUUAACUUCGUGACUUGUAUGAGACAGACUCUUGAAAAACAUUAUGGAGAUAAGCCUGUAGGAAUGGGAGGUACUUUCGUGAUUCAGAAGGGAAAAGUGAAGACUCAUAUUAUGCCAGAAGAAUUUUCUUCCUGCCCAUUGAACUCUGAUGAAGAUGUGAAUAAAUGGUUACGUUUUUAUGAGAUGAAGGCUCCUUUGGUUUGUUUGCCAGUUUUUAUCUCCAGAGACCCAGGGUUUGAUUUGCGGUUGGAGCACACUCAUUGUUUUAGUCAUCAUGGAGAAGGUGGACACUACCAUUAUGACACCACCCCAGAUAUAGUGGAAUAUCUUGGAUACUUCUUACCUGCAGAGCUUCUCUAUCGCAUUGAUCAACCAACAGAGACCCAUUCAUUUGGGCGAGAUUAAAUCAACUGAUACUCG